GUUGCUCCUCCCGCUGCUGCUGACGGGAGAGGGGGAGGCUCGGCUCGGCUCGGCUCUUUUCCUCGGCGAGCACUGCUGCCUCGCUAGUUAGAGAUACUACUCAGCCAUGUUUGAGCUCCCAGUGAAUCACCCAAGAAGAAACACAGGCACAAAGGGCUGGAUAGCCUGGCUUGUUUGAAUUCCCGUGGUAACAGGAAGUUUGAAAUCAUGGAUGGAAAACCAAGCUUUGCCACUUUGAUGGAAGAGGCAAGAUGGAGUCAGUUUGCUGGGUGUUAGCUGCAGAUGGGGUUGAGGUUUGUUUUAGUGUUCCUACCUUUAAGCUGUGCAUUGGUGGAUCCCUGCUCUUUCAGCAAGUGCCCAUGGUGGAGAUCGAUGGGAUGAAGAUGGUGCAGACUGGAACCAUCCUCAGCUACAUAGCAGCAAAGUACAACCUUUGUGGGAAGGACCUGAAGGAGAGAGCCCUAAUUGAUAUGUAUGUUGGAGGAACUGAUGGGAUUUUUUUUCCCUCUCCUCAUUUCUCAAGUAUAAGUAGAAUCCCCACAAUCAAAAAAUUUCUAGAGACAGGAAGCCAGAGAAAACCAGUUCCUGAUGAUAAAUCUGUGGAGACUGUGAGGUGA